AUGUCCAUUUCUGGGAUUGGGAUUGCAUCUAUGAUCAAAGUUGCUAAUCAGGUGAGAAAUGUUCCGCUUGACUGGGCUUUGGGAGCUUUUAUUCUGCAAACUACUACAGCGGAUCCAGAUCCAGAUCCACAUAACCAUAACUGGAUUGCCGCCAUUUUCAGCAAUGAGUCACCCACUCUCCUCACACCUGUUGGAAUUUUUAUAAUAUUGUUGUUUACAGCAUGGUCUAUAUCUAGGUGGAGGAAACCUCAGUUGAAGACAAUUUAUGACCUAGAAAAGGGACGAUAUAUAACUACACGAGUUUGUAGGUAA